AUGGUGACUCUGAGCGACUUCCAAAGGAUUGGUGUGGGGCUGGUCGGCUUCGGCAUCUUCUUCAUCCUCUUUGGGAUGCUCCUAUACUUCGAUUCGGUGCUCCUGGCUUUUGGCAACAUUCUCUUUCUCUCCGGUUUGGUCUUCAUCAUCGGCUUCAGGAGGACCUUCACCUUCUUCUUCCAAAGGCAAAAGAUGAAGGGCAGCAGCUUCUUCCUUGGGGGGCUCCUCAUCGUCCUCAUGCGGUGGCCGCUCCUGGGGAUGCUGCUGGAAGCUUACGGCUUCAUCACACUCUUCAGGAGUUUUUUCCCCGUGGCUUUUGGCUUUUUGGGCUUGCUGGUGAAUAUCCCUGUUCUGAACAAGCUCUUGGAGAAACUGGGUGACAGCAGCUCCAUAGUGUGA